AAAGACAAUAUAAGAUAUGUGGUAUUUUGAACCUAAAAGUAUGCAGAUUUAUGGUCGUUUUCUUACAUUUUUGUUAAACGAGAGUUGGAUAGUGUCACGUGCUUUCACUACAUUUUCUUUCCAAAAUGGCGGUAGAGGAACAGAAAGCACAUGGUGGCAUCCCUCAGAUGCGUUUUGUGGAAGAUGUGGAUGCCUACAUGAAGGAGCCGGAACAUGAGAAUGCAGAGAAAGUUCUCCGUAAGCUGGACGAACAGUACCAGAAAUACAAGUUCAUGGAGUUCAACUUACAACAGAAAAAGAACAGGUUGAAGGGCCAAAUCCCAGAAAUUAAGACAACAUUAGAUAUAAUUCAACAUAUGCAAAGCAGAAAGGGUUCCAGUGAGCCAAUGGAGACCAGUUUUAUGAUGUCAGACAAUCUGUAUGCCAAAGCAACCGUCCCUCCAACAGAGAAGGUCUGCCUUUGGCUUGGGGCCAAUGUCAUGUUGGAGUACACUGUGGAUGAUGCGGCGGCCCUGCUGUCCAAAAACCACAGCGCGGCCACGGCCAGUAUGUCUCAGGUGGAGAAGGACCUGGAGUUCCUCAGGAACCAGCUCACCACCACAGAAGUCAACAUGGCCAGAGUUUUCAACUGGGACGUCAGAAGACGGCAGGCAGCGAAACUACCUUAACCCUUCUCAUGGCACGAUUACAAAAUUGCAGCAUCCCCCCUUCCCCAAAGCUUUAACUAAUAAUUCGCCUCUCAAAGAAUACAUUUCUGUGUGCUCUGCUAUCAUUGUUUGCAUCACCAUGGAUAGGUAUAUAAAUUUGUUGAUUUGUUUGUUUUAACCACAUACCACCAAGUGCCUGAGUGUAUUACAUGUGCAUGUACAUCUUAUAUGUAUGCUUUUGUUUUUAGUGUGGAUUACUUUUGUCUAUGUCUUACAUGUUAAAACCCCGCUGUGUAACAUUUUGGUCCCAAAAGUAAUAUGGCAGAAUUUGAAAUUUCACCAAAAAAGGACACCAUCAAACCCACAUAUUUUGGAGUAUUCUUCAAACCUUGAUGUUUUCAAGGCUUGCUUUGAGUUCACUUUCAAAGAAUGCAAAUGUUAGGUUACAGGUGCAAAGAUAAUUUGUGUUGAUGCACUUAACAUGCAUACAGCUAUGACUGUAUGCAACAUGUUUGGAUAUAAUAUUUUGUGUGUGUGUUUAUAUUAUUGGUGAUAACUUUUGCAACAUGAAACGAGCAAAAUUUGUUGAGUUACUGUUUAUUCAAAGUAUGUACAAACACCAUGUAUAUAUUUGGUUCUUUUCUACCAUUUUUUGUUGUUUUUGUGACCAGUUGUCUUUAGGAUAAUGCUAACUGUAUUCUCAUAAUAACAUUUCCAUAUAUCUGACAAGAUAAAUUUUUUGAUUUUAGUUUGCUAACAAUUUCUUUGUUAAAAUCUAUAAUUGAACAACAAUGGAGUCAUCCACAAAUAUGUAUUCAUAAAACAUCUGAAGUCAUAUUUCAAGGCAAAAUUACAUACAUGAUGCAUGUAAAAGUAUAUUGGGUGUCUUUUUAAUGCUAUAGACCAAUCCCAUAGCCUCAAAUGACAGACAUGCAGAAACUCUCUCAUUGGUCAAUCUGCUAAUUGUCAUGCUCUCAUUGGUUGAACUGCUAAUUGUGAUUGACAGUCAGGAUCAGUCUAUUUUGUGGGGCUCCUCUGCAACUUUCCUUCCACGUGACAGACACUCGUCCAGCCACCUGGUGCUCACAACAGCUGCCUCUGUACAGUCGGCAACCACCUGCUGCAGCACCUGUUUAGGGAUAAUGAAUUCGGCAGCUGUCAGAAUAGAUAUGGUGCAGCAGUGAAACAUAAUAAGGAUAUGCUAGACACAACUUGGAACAAAGAAGCCACAUUUUUCAAAAGUAAAUGCAUAAUUAUGCAUCUGCAGGAGUUGUUUGAGCAUCAAUAAUAAAUGCGUGUAUGGAAGC